GCGGAGCUCGAUAUAAUGGCAAGAACCAAGCAGACCGCCCGUAAAUCUACUGGUGGGAAGGCCCCCAGGAAGCAGCUGGCUACUAAGGCUGCUCGUAAGAGCGCCCCGGCCACCGGCGGUGUGAAGAAGCCUCACCGUUACAGGCCUGGCACUGUGGCUCUGAGAGAGAUCCGCCGUUAUCAGAAGUCCACAGAACUGCUGAUCAGAAAGCUGCCUUUUCAGCGCCUGGUGCGGGAGAUCGCUCAGGAUUUCAAGACCGAUCUCCGCUUCCAGAGCUCUGCCGUCAUGGCCCUGCAGGAGGCUAGCGAGGCGUACCUGGUGGGUCUGUUCGAGGACACGAACCUGUGCGCCAUCCACGCCAAGAGAGUCACCAUCAUGCCUAAAGACAUCCAGCUGGCCCGCCGUAUCCGCGGAGAGCGUGCUUAACUUAAACUGAGGGCUCACAAGUUGCCGGAAGAUCACCCAAAAGGCUCUUUUAAGAGCCACCUAACUGUUGCAGUCCAGAAGAGCAGAUGUUCCAACAAACCCCGAGUUUCAUGUGCUGUGUAUUAAUGGAGUUCGAUGAGGAGUGUAUGAAGGCGAGCAUCUCCUUAUGUAGUCCUGUUGCACGAUUAAUCCGGAACUUAAGAUUAGUAGUUGUAUAAUAACACCGAACAGUGUAGUUUGUAAAGUAUUAAUUUGCGGAAGGCGUUUUGUCAUAAAGCUUGGAUGACAUCGUGUGGUCAAAAUAUGAACCUACAAAUGCUAGAAUAAGAGUUUCUUGUGUUGAAAUAUUACUGUUUGUGAGGCUGAGGAAAUAAAAUGGGGAAAUUAAGUUAAUUAAAUUAAGAAUUGUAUUGCAAUUGGUACAUUUUUAUUUUUUUUAUUUUCUAGUUCUUUCUUUUUACUUUGGACAAUAUGUUUUGAACUUCGGCUUAAAAUAACAUGCCAUUUAGCUGGCCUGUAGUGUCUGUUGUGCGUGGCUCCGCUCACCUUGUCUUGGUUUCCACUAAGUCCUGUAGAGGAGCAUAAUUGGCCAUAUAAAUUGGUGAUGUUUCAUUCUAAUCGACUGAAUGAAGAAACCGAGAUCAUGAGUGGUAGAGGCACUUCUUAUUUUUAUGCCCAAGUUCCCUGCACUUCCCACACUUCAGAGCCUCGCAGUCUUUCAUUUGAUGGUCUUGAGAACUGUAGAGGGUACCAGAUUAUGCCGUUAUACGGUCCCAACGAGACUGAUUUCGGGCUCUUGGUUCAUUGUGUUGUUAAUUGUAAGAUCUGGAAGACACGCUGUAAAAUGGUUAUAGAGCAGUGCGAAAUACCUGCAAAAACUGUUUAUAAACAAAUACUCUGUGAGAUCAAAAGACUGAGGACAAUAGACACUCGAGGAAAGAGAAAGUUCCUGUGUUGCAUGUUUCUAAUGUAAAUAAUACUGUAGGAAUG